GUGAAGAGAUGGGGUGGCUGUGCACGAGCAGGUGACCCUCGCCCUCAUCUGGCAUCAAUGCAUGUCAUCGAUGCAGUCAGAUAAAUCUACGAACAGCAGUAGAGCAGUAUUCCCUUGACUCGUGACAUUCCCUAUGCGCAUGCUAAAUACAUGAAGCCACAACUAAAUUGUAAAACAUCCAUCCUACUUUUUUUUUUGAUCGUUUUCUCUCCAUUUUCACCUUUUUUUUCAAAUUUCUCAUGCGAAAAUCAAUCAACCCUCAGCUUCCCGCAGUUGAACAACACGUGGUGUACUCUAAUACAAAAAAGAAAGAGAAGAAACAAAAGGGAGCAAAUCUUACAUCGUCAAAAAGAAGAGACCAUGCUCCUGUCCCAAACAUUAUCCGUACAAAGAGGAUCGAGAAUUGUUCAGUGCAAUGGGGAUGUCGAAUAUCGACUCAAUCGAAAAUCGGUGUCUCAAGGGACCAAGUGCCUAAGAAAAAUGCAAGUGACAAGAAAAUAAGAGAAAAGAGAAAGAAGGAAAAGAAGGAGAAGAAGAAAGACAAAAAAAAAAAAAAGCCAAAGACAGGGGUAUCGUGCAACUGACAAAAUGCUGAGUGUCUUUUUUCGAAAAUGUUGAAAAUUGUCGAGAAAGCUGAAUCAAACUCCAGGAAAAUAAAAUUGAUGACAUGCAAAGA